UACAGUCCAAUAAAGCAAGAAACAAUUAAAAAAUCCCUCCUUUUUCUCCUUCCAAUCUCUCCAUCACUCAAAUCCCUCCUCGACUCCUGGUCUUUGAAUCCUCCAUCGUCGCCGGAAUCCACCGCAAUCGACAGGCGAUGAUAGUCGGAAAGCAACAGUUGCAGCAAUCUCAGCUGUUUUCUCUUAAAGGAUCCAUCCUCACUCUCUCCAUUGUCACCCUCAUUUCCUUCACUUACUUCUCCUUCAAAUCCCUUCGUCCUCCUCUCCCCCUCUCCCCUCCCACUCCUCAGCUUACUCUCCUCCCCUCUGCCACUGCUACCAUUCCCUUCGCGCGUAAAGUCGCUGACAGAGAAGAAAACAAUGUCGAUAAAGGUAAAGAUGACGACAACGACGAGUUGUUUACCGAUAUUUACCAUUCGCCGAAGCUUUUCAAGUUGAAUUUCAAAGAAAUGGAGAGGAAAUUCAAGGUUUACAUUUACCCCGAUGGUGAUCCUAAAACUUUUUAUCAAACUCCCCGGAAACUCACGGGUAAAUACGCCAGCGAAGGUUAUUUUUUCCAGAAUAUUCGUGAGAGUCGGUUUCGUACGGACUAUCCAGAUCAAGCUCACCUCUUUUUUAUCCCAAUUUCUUGUCACAAAAUGCGAGGCAAGGGCACUUCUUAUGAGAAUAUGACUAUAAUUGUUCAGAACUAUCUAGAUAGUUUGAUAGGGAAGUAUCCUUAUUGGAACAGAACCCUGGGUGCCGAUCAUUUCUUCGUUACUUGUCAUGAUGUGGGUGUUAGGGCAACGGAAGGAGUUCCAUUUCUAGUAAAGAAUGCGAUUCGUGUGGUUUGUUCUCCGAGCUAUGAUGUUGGAUUCAUUCCGCAUAAAGAUGUUGCACUUCCUCAAGUUUUGCAGCCAUUUGCUCUUCCGGCUGGUGGAAAUGAUGUAGAAAAUAGGACAAGGCUUGGUUUUUGGGCUGGACAUCGGAACUCAAAGAUUAGAGUUAUACUGGCUCGUGUGUGGGAGAAUGAUACCGAACUUGACAUUUCGAAUAAUAGAAUAAGUAGGGCUACUGGACAUUUAGUGUACCAGAAGAGGUUUUACAGAACUAAAUUUUGCAUAUGCCCUGGUGGCUCUCAGGUCAACAGUGCUCGCAUAGCUGAUUCAAUCCAUUAUGGAUGUGUUCCUGUAAUAUUGUCCAACUAUUAUGACCUGCCAUUCAAUGACAUUCUUGAUUGGCGAAAAUUUGCUGUUGUCCUUAAAGAGAGUGAUGUGUACCAGCUCAAACAGAUCCUAAAGAACAUAUCUGAUGAGGAAUUUUUUUCACUUCAUAAGAACUUAGUUAAGGUCCAGAAGCACUUCCAAUGGAAUUCACCACCCAUAAAGUAUGAUGCAUUCCACAUGGUUAUGUAUGAACUUUGGUUGCGCCACCAUGUAAUCAAAUACUAAUUUUGUUGAUUUGUUGACGGAUGUAGUUCCAUUUCACUUUUGUAUACACUAAAAGGUUGCCUCCUAACAACCUAAAAGCUUGUAUUUUAUGUACAUACUGCUUAAGUAUUACGUGCCAAAGAUGUCAGUUAUUUGUUUGUUCUUUA